CCAUCCAGCCAUUGAGCCAUUGAGCCAGCCAGCCAGCCAGCGCUUCCAGCCGGUACCACAGUGAACGGUGCACCGCCGCCGUGGACGGACGGACGUCAGUCAGUCAAGCGCGCGCUGUCCCAUCACAGAGUUGGUUAUUCGCGUGUUCCUCUCAACGGCACGUUCCGUCCGCGUAUUUUUCUCCUCUCGCACACACACGCCUCUGUUUACGCUACCGUCGCCACCCGUGUCCACGUUCGGUCCUCGCCGGUGCGCACGCGCCCGCACUCGUCGCACUCUCUACUCGGCGCCCGCAACAGAUUUAAGCACACACAGGCACAGAUACACCUUACACAACACUACACUAUAUAGCUCACUAGUAUUUGCAAGGCGAAUCCAACCAAUUCUAGUUGAGCUAUAAACCAUUUUAUACAAAAUAAACAGAUCGAUCGGUGUGCAGAUGUUAAAAGUAUUUUGGUGACCGGAGAGCGAGUAUUACAGGUAUUACGAUUCGAUUAAGUGUUGGUACAGUGCACAGAAUUAGCAGUAUUUAACAGCAGUGAAUUUACCACGUAACCAUAUUUUUGGCCUAUUCUUGAUCUCAGGCGAAUACCCGACAAAAUAGGUUGGUCAGACUUCCGGCGAGGCAGCAGUCUGCCAUCAGCGCCGUCCACCACUGGAACUAUGUUCUCCAAACUCAAGUCAGGCACAUCAUCUGCCAGUCAAGGCGCCCAGGUGCUUUCCACCAACAAUAUACUCAAUUUGUUUGAAGUCGGCAAAUAUGUCUGUUCAGCUGGACCGGAGCUCAUAUGGAAAGUGUAUGAAGGUUUUCGAAAACCAGACGGAAAGGAGGUGUCCAUAUUCGUUUUUGAGAAAAAACUAGCCGACAAACUGCACAAGCCCAGACGGAAGGAAACGGUGACGGAGAUACUCAAGAAGAGCGUUCACUACCUGGAGAUGCUCAGGCAGCCCAAGCUCAUUCUCAAGGUGGUACACUCUGUGGAGGACUGCAACGAAACGCUCGCCUUCGCCGCCGAGCCCGUGAUCGCCAGUUUGGCCAACAUACUCGCGUACCAGGCGUCCAUCGGCGGCCGGGCUGUUAAUGGUCCCCCGUCCACCGGCGCGUCGAUAACAGCUACGGCCAUGCCGCGGCCGGCCCAUGCGAAGGAAUACAAUUUUCUGGACUUUGAAAUCAAAUACGGCAUAAGACAGAUAGCCGAAGCUCUUGAUUUCUUAUCUCCUCAAGUUCAUCAUCAUAAUGUCUGCCCAAGCAGCAUUCUAGUUACAAAAACUGGUACUUGGAAACUGAGUGGUCUGGAAUUCAUCGUUCAAACUGAGGCUAGAGAACGGAUUACUUGCACACCAUGGACGUCCAGACUACCAAAAAUGGCACAACCCGAUUUGGAUUAUAUUGCUCCAGAAGUCCAGUUGUCUUCCUACUGUAGUUCUCAUAGUGAUAUGUUUUCAUUGGGUAUGGUUAUAUUUGCAAUAUUCAAUAACGGUCGACCUCUGAUACAAGCGAACCAUAGUAGCUCAACAUACAUGAAACAAUUAGAUGUGUUAGAAAAUCAAAUUCACAAUGUGCUACCUAAACUACCAGCACAGCUGCAAGAAAUGGCAACUAAAAUGCUAAGCAAAGACGUAGAUGCAAGACCAUUUGUCAAAAACUUAUUACAUACACCCUAUUUUUGUGAUCGUUUCGUGGAAACUAUUCAGACAUUGGAUAUUAUUAAUAUGAAAGACCUAACACAAAAAUGUCAGUUUUACAAGAUAACACUAAAAGAAUCACUUCCAUUCAUCCCAAAGAAAAUAUGGUACCAAAGAGUAUGGCCAUUUUUGCAACAUGAAAUGAUGAAAUCUGACGUUUCUGCUGCCGUCUUGCAUCCAGUAAUAUUCCUAAUACAAGAAUCCAGCCUUGAAGAUUACGAAACAUUAAUGCUGCCAGCUAUGAGCAAAAUAUUUAAUGGUCCGAAACAUGUUCCUGUGCAAGUGAUAUUAUUAGAAAACUUGCAUGUAAUAUUAGAAAAAACACCAAGAGAUGAUAUUAGAAAAGAAGUGUUGCCUCUACUGUACACAGCGUUUGACUUUUCAGAUAUCGAAGUACAAAGUACGGCUGUAUUAGCUGUAACCAAUGUCUCUCAAUACAUGGAUGAUACGGCUAUAAGAAGAAUGGUGCUGCCCAAACUCAAAAUGGUGUACGAAACUAACCCCAACGAUUUGAAAAUAAUAUUAAACAUAUUGGCGUGUUUGGAAAUCAUACUACACAGGCUUGAAAAACAACAAAUCAUUGAGGAUGUAUUACCGUUACUUUGGAUAGUAAAUCAGACUGAUCCCGAAGUUAUAGCAAGGAUAGCAGUGAUAUACAGUAUGAUUUUACGCGACAAAAAGUAUGGUUUAUCAGUAAACAUGAUUGCGACGAAAAUAAUGCCAACAUUGAUUCCACACACAAUGAAUCCUGGUUUGAAUUUAGAACAAUUUCAAACCCUCAUCGAAGUCCUACAAGACAUGCUGGAACAGAUUGACAGAAAUCAAAGAAAUAAAUUGAAAUUGGAUACAAUAUCAAUGCAGAGUCCGGAUAGACACAGGCCAUUAAGACAUUUGUACAGUUCAGACAAUAUGCAUGCACAAAAUUUUAAUAUACCAAAUUUAAAAAUUGAACAGCGCAAGACGUCGAGUGCUGAAGAUAUGGUUAGAAAAAAUUCAGCAGGUAGCUGGUGGUUCGGCGGUUCACCUUCCGGUUCGGAUAGCAAUUUUUUGCGUGUGGUCAGUUCGUUCCCAAAUCGCCGGCUAUCCGACAACAUGUUGAACACGCCGAAAAUUCGCGUCGCACCUUCGUGCGCUUCUUCGCCAGGCAGCACACCCGUCGGCACGGGCCUACCCAUCCGGAGACAUUCGAACGUCGAAAGGCGUGGAUCCACCAUCAACCUGUCGCCGCCAUCGGGCUAUCAGUUCUUCAGACCGAUUAACGGCCAUGACGGGUUCACACUGUCGGUGCCAUCAUCGACGUAUGGAGGUAGCAUGCCCAACACUAGCAGCAGUGUACCAUACUUACUCAGCUCCAGUAUGAACAGCAUCCGGUCCAGAAGGCAGAGCACGUGUUCGCAGAAUUCCAGCACUGGCAUUCUACAGCAGUUGGGUUCCGGCGUAGUGAAGCAGCUGUCGACGUUGCAAAACCCGUAUCAAUUGUUUAGCGGCAACAAGUGAACAGAUGACAUUAAACAGUUGAUGGUGUAUGUUUGCUAAACGGUCCGACGUCCCAUUGUAGCCAAUCUACUUCCGUAAAACAUGAAUAUUUCGAUAAAAUAUACAAAAGUAACAAUAUAAUGUUACACAGAAAUCGUCAACAAUUAUUAUUAAUAUAUCGUAAUUUAAGUUUCUUAAUUCUUGUUCAUUAUUAAGCAUGAUUUGACUAUUGUUGGUUUGUUUUUAUUUAUUUAUUAUUUUUUUUUUUUUUUUACAUACCUCAUUAGAGUGUAUGACUAUGUGUAUACUUAUGCUAAUUUUUAAAUAUCUCAUUCGUUUUAGAUCCAACUAAUACGUGAUUACAAUA